AUGACUGGAAGGAAUGAGAGGGAUAAUGAGAUUUAUUUUGUUAGUGGGCCGCGGUUAAUGAGAGCCUUUGUUGUUCGCCAAAUGAUUGAAAAGCCUCCAAAGUACUUCUCUUUCUUCUGGUGGCCCUCUGGGAAGUGCAGCCGUUCGGUCGAAGGAGAAAACCUCCGUUUGUUGUCUUCACCCACGUCCAACCUCGCGAAUAGCCAUCGUCUAAGUCCAAAUGGGGAUCAUGCGAUCUGUAAUACAGCGCUUGAUACUUGUAGAAAUUUCAGCUAUAUGUAA